GGAGGCUGCUGGAGGCCCUGGCCAUGUUUGGACGGAGGGAUGGAUGGAGGAGGUGGAGGCUUGAUAAACUCUGGCUGCAGCACCUCAGACUCUCACUUCUGUCCGGCCCCCCCAACCCCCUCGUCGUCCCAGCAGGCCCUGCACGCCACGUGAGUCAGAGUUGUAGGUUCGAGGCCGUCCACAGCGCCCCGCAGUCAUGUGUGAUGAUGAGGAGAGCACCGCUCUGGUCUGUGACAACGGAUCCGGCCUCUGCAAGGCCGGCUUCGCCGGAGACGACGCGCCCAGGGCCGUCUUCCCGUCCAUCGUGGGCCGCCCCAGGCACCAGGGAGUGAUGGUGGGGAUGGGACAGAAGGACAGCUACGUGGGCGACGAGGCUCAGAGCAAGAGAGGAAUCCUCACGCUGAAGUACCCCAUCGAGCACGGCAUCAUCACCAACUGGGACGACAUGGAGAAGAUCUGGCAUCACUCGUUCUACAACGAGCUGCGAGUGGCGCCGGAGGAACAUCCCACCCUGCUGACGGAGGCGCCGCUCAACCCCAAAGCCAACAGGGAGAAGAUGACUCAGAUCAUGUUCGAGACCUUCAACGUUCCUGCCAUGUACGUGGCCAUCCAGGCCGUGCUGUCGCUGUACGCCUCCGGACGCACCACAGGCAUCGUUCUGGACUCGGGUGAUGGUGUCACCCACAACGUGCCGAUCUACGAGGGCUACGCUCUGCCUCACGCCAUCAUGAGGCUGGACCUGGCGGGCCGCGACCUUACCGACUACCUCAUGAAGAUCCUGACCGAACGCGGCUACAGCUUUGUGACCACCGCGGAGAGGGAAAUCGUGCGUGACAUCAAGGAGAAGCUGUGCUACGUGGCUCUGGACUUCGAGAACGAGAUGGGAACGGCCGCCACCUCGUCCUCCCUGGAGAAGAGCUACGAGCUUCCGGACGGUCAGGUCAUCACCAUCGGCAACGAGAGGUUCCGCUGCCCCGAGACGCUCUUCCAGCCCUCCUUCAUCGGUAUGGAGUCCGCCGGCAUCCACGAGACCACCUACAACAGCAUCAUGAAAUGCGACAUCGACAUCCGUAAGGACCUGUACGCCAACAACGUGCUGUCCGGAGGGACCACCAUGUACCCGGGGAUCGCCGACCGCAUGCAGAAGGAGAUCACCGCGCUGGCCCCCAGCACCAUGAAGAUCAAGAUCAUCGCCCCCCCGGAGAGGAAGUACUCCGUCUGGAUCGGCGGCUCCAUCCUGGCCUCCCUUUCCACCUUCCAGCAGAUGUGGAUCAGCAAGCAGGAGUAUGACGAAGCCGGCCCCUCCAUCGUCCACCGCAAGUGCUUCUAGAGGGCCCCCCCCCUAUGCCCCGGGCCCCCCUGGGUGCCCCAGAUCCCCCCCGGGCCCCCGGGCUCUGCAGCGGCCCCCCAGUCUCCGUCCAGCACCGCCUCUACGCUAACCCGCACCAGCUAGCAGGUCCACGGUCAGGUUCUGUGGAGGGGAGGACCCCGGCCAGAGCCCCCCUCCCCGUUUAGGUUGUGAUUGGUGCUUUCAGGGGUUUUUGAUGAACUGAACCUUUAAAAUCCAGAUUUUCAUCCAAUGGUCCCCCUCGGCUCACCGUAACCUGCCAAGUGCUGCUUGUCCACACUCUGUAGCCCCGCCCCCUGCCCCGCCACCCCAGUGUCCGUCCCGUCUCGUGUUAAAAGCGUGUUUCUGUUUGGGAUGAAUAAAGCUUGAAUGUUGCCCCUCGGGUGUUUUUUUUUUCCUUCUGUUCUGCGCUGCAACCAACCCCCCCCCCCCCCCCACCCCCUGGUGACGUCACGGGGCCGAUGAUGACGUCACUGCGGGAGGCGGCCAGGACAGAUGGCGGGAUAUGUGAGCAACACGGAAGUGAAAGUCAAAUGGCUCAAGACAAUAAAAAGAGCUCGUGAUUAAACAA